UCCAGUUAGAGAAGGAAACCAGUGCCUGGCAUUCUUACCAGCUCUCUACCUGCCAUGAUCAAGUGUUUGUCAGUUGAAGUACAAGCCAAAUUGCGUUCUGGUUUGGCCAUAAGCUCCCUAGGCCAAUGUGUUGAGGAACUUGCUCUCAAUAGUGUUGAUGCUGAAGCAAAAUGUGUGGCCAUCAGGGUAAAUAUGGAGACCUUCCAAGUUCAAGUGAUAGACAAUGGAUUUGGGAUGGGGAGUGAUGAUGUAGACAAGGUGGGAAAUCGUUACUUCACUAGUAAAUGCAACUCGGUACAGGACUUGGAGAACCCAAGGUUUUAUGGUUUCCGAGGGGAGGCCUUGGCAAGUAUAGCUGACAUGGCCAGCGCUGUGGAAAUUUCAUCCAAGAAAAACAGCACAAUGAAAACUUUUGUGAAACUGUUUCAGAAUGGAAAAGCCCUGAAAGCCUGUGAAGCUGAUUUGACUAGACCAAGUGCUGGGACAACAGUAACAGUAUAUAACCUAUUUUACCAGUUACCUGUAAGGAGAAAAUGCAUGGAUCCUAGACUAGAGUUUGAGAAGGUUAGGCAGAGAAUAGAAGCUCUCUCACUCAUGCACCCUUCCAUUUCUUUCUCUUUGAGAAAUGAUGUUUCUGGUUCCAUGGUUCUUCAGCUCCCUAGAACCAAAGACAUAUGUUCCCGAUUUUGUCAAAUUUAUGGACUGGGUAAGUCCCAAAAGUUAAGAGAAAUAAAUUUUAAAUAUAAGGAGUUUGACAUUAGUGGCUAUAUCAGCUCUGAAGCACAUUAUAAUAAGAAUAUGCAGUUUUUGUUUGUGAACAAAAGACUAGUUUUAAGGACAAAGCUGCAUAAACUAAUUGACUUUUUAUUAAGGAAAGAAAGUGUUAUAUGCAAGCCAAAGAAUGGCUCUGCCAGUAGGCAAAUGAAUUCAGGUCCUCGGCAUCGGUCUACCCCAGAACUCUAUGGGAUAUAUGUAAUAAAUGUGCAGUGCCAAUUCUGUGAAUAUGAUGUAUGCAUGGAGCCAGCAAAAACUCUGAUUGAGUUUCAGAACUGGGAUACUCUCUUGGUUUGCAUUCAGGAAGGAGUGAAAAUGUUUUUAAAGCAAGAAAGAUUAUUUGUGGAAUUAUCAGGUGAGGACAUUAAGGAAUUUAUUGAAGAUAAUGAUUUUAGUUUAUUUGGUGCUACUCUUCAGAAACAUGUCUACUCUGAUGAGAAGUGUGACAAGGGAAGUUUCCAGGAGGCAUGUAAUAAUAUUUUGGAUUCCUAUGAAAUGUUUAAUUUGCAGUCAAAAGCUGUGAAAAGAAAAGCUACUGUAGGAAACAUAAACACAGAGAAGUCAAGGGAUUCAGGAGCUAUCAAAAAAAUGACAGAUGAUUCAUUUUUAUGCACUUAUGAAACAGAUGGCCCAGGCCAUGGUAAAAUGACAGAGUCAUCUUUACACAACAAAGAUAGCUCUUGUUCAGAAUCAAGGAUGUUGGAACAAGAGACAGUUGAAGCAUCAGAAUCAGGAAAAAAUGAGAAACAUAAAAAAUCUUGCUUGGAAAAUAACUCAUUAGAAAAUCCAUGUGGAACAAGUUCAGAAAUGUUUUCAAGCCCUUUUCAGGCACCACAUCACUUUGAGGAGGGUGCAGAAGAUCUAGAAAUACAGAAAGUAGGUACUACUGUUAACAGCAUGGCUGCCAGCAUCCAGAAAAAUAAUAGAAUUCAGAAUCGACUAGAGAGAUUUAAAGAUGCUACUGAAAUGGGAUACCAACCUCUGCCUUUUGAGACAACAUUAUUGAGAGUACAUAGUCCUCAGAGAGAGAAAGAGAAAAAAAAAGAACCCAAUAAUUGGGGAAGAAUAAAUGUUUUUAGUUAUGGACAAGUUAAAUUAUGUUCCACUGGCUUUGUAACUCAUGUGGUACAAAAUGAGCAAACUAAGUUAACUGAAACAGAACAUUCAUUUAAAAAUUAUGUUCAACCUGGUCCUGCAAAUGCCCAAGAAACAUUUGGAAAUGGAACACAUCAUUCAGUCGAGACUCCAAACGUUGAAGAUUUAACCAGCACUUUAAGUAAAGAAUCUGCUCAACUGCCCAAGAAGAAAUUUUGCAGAACAGAUAUAAGUUAUGGGCUAGAGAACAAACUUGUAGGAACUUAUAAAAAUUUUGCUGUUUUUCAGGAACAUAGUAAAAAAUCACACACAGGUUGCUUAUUAACUGAUACAUCCUCUUCUUUCCCUUGGUAUAGACAUGUUUCAAAUGGUAGUAAAAACACAGGUAAAAUGGUUGGUUCCUCCAAACUCACAGCACGUAAGAAGCUAUGCUUGAGUUCACAACUAGGAUCUUUAGAGAAGUUUAAGAGGCAAUUUGGGAAGGUUAAAAAUCCUGUGGAUACAGAAGUGCGGGAAAAUAAUAUUGAAGUCACUAUUAAUCUCAGUCCUCCGGUUGAACCUGACAUUCCACCCAAGGACAAGGACCACUUACACAACUCUGAUAUUUGUAAAAUCACAACUAUGAAGCAUAAUGAUUCACAUGAUAGUUGUCAACCAGUAAGUCACAUCCUUUACUCAGAGAAGUUUCCAUUGUCCAAGGAAGAAGAUUGUUUGGACCAACAGAUUCCUUGUUUGAGAGAAAGUCCUAUAACUCUACAGGAGUUAUCUCACUUUAACAGAAAGCCUUUGGAUGUUGAGAAGUCAGCUGAAUCACUAGCCUCUAAAUUAUCCAGAUUGAAGGGGUCGGAAAAAGAGACUCAAACAAUGGAGAUGAUGAGUCAUUUAAAUGAACUUCCAAAUUCAGAUUGUUGUAGGAUAGACAGUGACUUGUGCAGUAGGUUAACCCUAGAUUUUUGUAAGUUAUUUAAAAAUGAGCAUAAAAAAACAGAGAGUAGCAUCAUCCCAGUGUCAGAAUCUGUCACACGGGAUAAUUCCUUCAAUAAAGAUAGUGAAGCACAUUUUAACAACAGUACAACAGAGAACUCUGUAAUAUCAGAAACUCCUUUGAUUCUAGAACCCUGUAGUUCUAAAGUUAUAAAUAAAGAUUCAGAUGUUCUUGUCAGAGCUUCAGAACAACAAAUAGAAAGUCCUGACUCUCCCAGUAGAAUGUUAAUGAGUCAGGUAGAAGAUUCCACAGCUGACCAAAAUGGAAUUUGUUUUCAGAGUGAGAAAUCAAAAGCAAGAGCUUGUUCUGAAAAUGAAGAGUCAAACACAUGUUCUUUGGAUUGGCAGCAGCAUUUUGAUUUAGCCCUGGGAAGAAUGGUUUAUAUCAACAAAAUUACUGGACUUAGUACAUUCGUUGCUCCUACUGAGGAUAUUCAGACUGCUUGUACUAAAGACCUGACAACUGUGGCUGUGGAUGUCAUACUUGAGAAUGGGUCUCAGUACAGGUGUCAUCCUUUUAGAAGCGACCUUGUUCUUCCUUUCCUUCCAAGAGCUCAGAAAGAGAGAACUAUGAUGAGACAGAAUAACAGAGAUACAGUGGAUGAAGCUGUUGGUAGUGAAUCACUUCAGUCUUUGUUCUCAGAGUGGGACAAUCCAGUAUUUGCCCGUUAUCCAGAGGUUGCUGUUGAUGUAAGCAGUGGCCAGGCUGAGAGCUUAGCAGUUAAAAUUCACAACAUCUUGUAUCCCUAUCGUUUCACCAAAGAAAUGAUUCAUUCAAUGCAGGUUCUCCAGCAAGUGGAUAACAAGUUUAUUGCCUGUUUAAUGAGCACUAAGACUGAAGAGAAUGACAAGGCAGGUGGAAACCUGCUAGUCUUGGUGGAUCAACAUGCUGCCCAUGAGCGUGUCCGUUUGGAGCAGCUUAUUAUUGAUUCCUAUGAGAAGCAGCAGCCACAAGUCUCUGGUCGGAAAAAAUUACUGUCUUCUACUGUAAUUCCUCCACUAGAGAUAACAGUGACGGAGGAACAAAGGAGACUCUUGUGGUGUUACCACAAAAAUCUGGAGGAUCUGGGCCUUGAAUUUAUAUUUCCAGAUACUAGUGAUUCAGUGAUCCUUGUGGGAAAAGUACCACUCUGUUUUGUAGAAAGAGAAGCCAAUGAACUUCGAAGAGGAAGGUCUACUGUGACCAAGAGUAUUGUGGAGGAAUUUAUUCGAGAACAAGUGGAGCUACUCCAGACCACAGGAGGUGUCCAAGGGACGUUGCCACUGACUGUCCAGAAGGUGCUGGCAUCCCAAGCCUGCCAUGGAGCCAUUAAGUUUAAUGAUGGCCUGAACCUAGAGGAGAGCUAUCGCCUUAUUGAAGCUCUGUCCUGGUGCCAGCUGCCAUUCCAGUGUGCUCAUGGGAGACCUUCUAUGCUGCCAUUAGCUGACAUAGACCACUUGGAGCAGGAAAAACAGAUCAAACCCAAUCUUGCUAAACUUCGCAAAAUGGCCCAGGCUUGGCGUCUCUUUGGAAAAGCAGAAGGAUGUGACACAAGGCAGAGCCUGCAGCAGUCCAUGCCUCCUUGUAGCCUCCAUGAGGACAGAAUUAUUAAUCCAUAAGGAACCAAAGGGAUGCUAACUGUGUGCCUCUGAACAGAGAGCAUGAGCAGCACAUACUAGCAUAGCCUUGACUGAACCAGCCCAGUGCACCUGAGCAACUUCAAAAUGGCAGGGCCCUUUCUGUCAGUCUUUCUUGAGCACAUGAGCAGCCAGAUGCGAUUCGAGCCUGAAGACAGUUUAUUCAUUUGCAUUCAUGGACACAGGAGCUUGCCUUAUAAUAUCAAUCUUUUCUACCUUAUUCAGGGAUAAUAUUUAAUGCUUAAUUGUCUGAUUGGUUGGUUGGUUGUUUGAGGGGUAUGGUUUUUGUGCAAUCUUUUCCAACCUUCAAAUUUGCAUUUAUGUAAUUUAAUCGGUACUAAACUCCAAGGGAUAGUGUGCCUUCCUAGACUGACCCCCGUGUUUCUCCAGUAGUCCCCUCCUUUCCCUUCAGUCUUCACUUCUCUGCUUCUUCUUUACAUUCUAAGUCUCAGAGUUAAGGAGUUUCUCUGCUGUCAAUAAAGACAUUACCUGGGGUCUUCCAUCAGGCCCUGAGUUAAAUUUUAUUUUAGAAAUAAAAACUAUUGAUAAACAAAAGGACAAGGAUAGAAAAGAGGAAA